UUUUUUUUAAAGAUUUUGAAAAAUGACGGUUUUUAAGAAAAAAAAAGUUGCACACAUAUAAAAUACGCUGAAUACUUACCUGCCUUUACACAUCAGUUACGGUUCUUUUGCACUUCAAGCCUUUCGUGCGGGAAAGAGCAAGCAUUUAAAGAUGGAAAAGAAAAACGAUAAUGUGCAUUUUUAUCAUUAGCGGCCGAGUCAUUCUAUGUUUUUCUUUCGAUUCUAGUCCAGCAUUAGAUAAGAGUGAUGAUAACCUUCAAAUAAAGGUUACUUUUAUCAAAUUCUGAUCAAUUUUCCACUGUAAAAUUUAAGUGAAAACAAACAUUCGACAUUGCGCUAACAACCAGAAACAACGAGAUAACGAAGAGGACGCAGACGCCUUGAUAAUCGGUGUGCAAGCCACUCGACUACAGAGUCCAUCUGGCAGGCUUUGUUUUUGUGGUGUGAAAUAAAUCGAUGUAUCAUAGAAAAAAAAAAUGCCAUCAUUCACACCAAUUAGCCUAGCCCCAAAACACCGAAAUCUUCCAACAGUGUAGACUUUUAACAAAUAUAGUGUUAAAAGUACAUGUUCCAAAGUAUGACUAAGUAUUAGAUAGUAGGAUAGCAUAAUGCAAACAGUUUAAAUCAGCGAACGUAAACACCGCAAUGCAGCUGAUUGUGAUUCGCGUCAACUGAGAACCAACGUACCCGAUAAAGACUUAUCAAUUAACGCAGUCUUACACUAUAUAAGAGGAAGCAAGCGAUGGCAAAACAUUAGUACCGCAAAUCAGUCAUUCAAAAUGGUAUCAGACUUCAGAAAGAAGAAGCUAUUGCACGUGUUCACCGCGUUCUUUGACACCAACAAGAGUGGCAGUAUAGAUAAGAAAGAUUUCGAGUUAGCCGCAGAAAAGAUUGCAAAGCUGAGAGGAUGGAAAGAAGGGGAUGCGCCCUACAAAAAGGUGCAGGAGUCUCUAACAGCUAUAUGGAAUGGUCUCCAGAGUGGUGCUGACGCUGACAAAGACGGCCAAGUAUCAGUUGACGAAUGGAACACGAUGUGGGAGAAUUUCUCGAAGAAUCCAGCAGGCGCGGCUGAAUGGCAAAGACUGUACGCUAAGUUCAUCUUCGAGUUAGAAGACGCUAGCAAUGACGGGGCUAUCGAUAGUGAGGAGUUCUCUUCUGUAUACGCUUCCUUGGGCCUCGAUAAAGCAGAGGCUGUCGCAGCCUUCGGUAAAAUGGCGCAAGGAAAGCCGAAUAUCACCUGGCAACAGUUCCAGGUGCUGUGGAACGAGUAUUUCGCGUCUGAGGAUGUGAACGCACCCGGCAACUUUAUCUUCGGCAAAACAAACUUCUGAUUUGCUCACAGUAAAUAAUUUAUGUUUGCGUUUGACAAGGUUUUGAUGCAAUCUAGCGUUGUGAUAUUAUCUGUUUGCGAUGUUUAACUGAUAACUGUAAGUGAAUGUGGUAAUUUUAGAUUUCAAUUGUUGAAUGUUGUUUAACUUGAAUGGAUUUUUUUAAGAAUUGAUGGAUGUUGUCAUGUAUUAUUUAUUUUUGAAGAAUAGAAUAAAUAAAGAUUUCUAUUAUUUUUUUCAAUUUACAAUUGUGUUUCAAUCAAAAAUAGCUGAGAGGUUCCUUGUUAUGAAAAACUUUAGUAGCAGAUUGCAAGUUCAUCUCCUAGACUCGUUUUCGAAAUUAUUGUUAAAUAUAGUUGGAAAUUGGAUAAAAGGAGGAUAACAUCUUGUUAUUUCAGUAUCGCUGUAACAACUCGUUUAGUUUUCACUUGCUUCAAACUUAACCAUAAACAAAUAUUGCAUCCUAACAUCCCCUCUCAAUAUUUUGAUGGUUAAAGGACAAUGUUAAAAUUGGCCUAAGAACCAACACCAAUUUGGCAUUUAAGAUAAUUCUUAGUAUAUUUUUUGCGAUAAUUAUCAGUAUUUAGAUUGUGACGGACACUUCCAGUUAAGUAAGCUAAAUUAAAAAGUUAAAAAAUAAUCUGAGACAAUAAAUACCAUUUUAUGUGUAUAAUCUAUGGCAGCGCUGCAAACAAAACACUCUUUCUUCCUAAUGCGGGCACUUCACUUGGUUUUGGUAUUUGCUAUUUUAAAACAUGACAUCAGUCUGUCUUUUUCAUUCCUUAUGAAGCAUGACAAGGACAAACUGUUGUCAAGUGAAGGGCCGGCAUAAAACUCGUUACUCUGUGGUUGUGGUGCUUGCAGUUUGCAUUUGUAGUAAUCUGUGGCAUUCGUGCAUUCCAAAAAGUAGUUUAUUAUACCGGAAAGUGCUUUAUCGUUUCGGACUACCUGUUAUGUGUGUUUAUUUGCGAUUGUUUUCCCUUUAAUUUAACUAUUUUGGCUAUCUAAUAUGCCAUCGAUGUUACCAAGAGCAGAGCCCUUAUUACCAAGUGCUAGUGAACCUGUGCCACAACAUCCUGAGAGGAUCAUACGGCCAAAUUAUUCAAGAACACCUUAUACACAUUCACGCGACAUAUUGACACAAUAUACAUGUGAUAUACAAAUAAAUACAAUAAACAAUAUGAUACAAUUAUGUGAAUAAUAGUCAAUAAAUAAGAAGCAAAACUACAGUUUUUAUUUUAUUCAUGAUUCCUACCUUACCAAGUUUUUCCUAAUAGUUAUUCUUUAAAAUCGCACCGAAUAAAAUGAAGAGUUCAUACUGAAUUCAUAGGUUGACCUAUGUUUCAUUGAAUAUCGGUUUUCCUAAUAAUUUAAGUGUCCGUCAAUAAUCCUUGUUUUUCCUGUCAUUUACUUAUGAUUUUGAACCUAGAAAAUAAUAUUUCAUGAUUGUUGGUUCUUAGGCUAACUAUGUAUGGACCCUGAACAAUGUCCUUUACUUUAUAUGACGACGUAACGCAUAACAACAUUUAUAAUAUAAAUAAACACAAAAUUAACAUAACAUACCUACAUAAAAAAAAUUAACAGAUAAAUAAACAUUGCAAUUAAAUAUCAAAUUUUUCUUUACCUAAACUUUUCGUCAUAACAUCUGCCAAAUUAUCGUGCGUAUUUACAUAUUCUAUGCUUAAUAUUAUGUUAUGCACUAUAUCUUUCAAAAAAUGGUACUUUAUAUCUAUAUGUUUCGUUCUACUCG